GUGAUUCAGAGAAGGAUGGAUGGCUCUGAAAACUUCUUCAGAAAUUGGGAGGAUUACAAGAAUGGAUUUGGUGAUCCGUGCAAAGAAUUUUGGAUUGGGAAUGACAACCUGUACCGUUUAACGUCGAGAAACAGCUACAAACUGGUGGUCGUGUUGGCCGAUUUCGAGCGAAAUGUGGCCUGUGCGGCUUACGAUUCAUUCAAUGUUGGCUCGCCGGCGUCUAACUACACCCUGAAUAUCGGAAAAUAUAUCGGGACAGCGGGUGACUCACUAGCUGGCCACAAUGGGAUGCAGUUUUCAACGUAUGAUAGAGACAACGACCAUGAAAGUUACAGUUGUGCGGCCUAUUUCCAAGGCGCUUGGUGGUACAAUAGAUGUCACCUUUCCAACCUGAAUGGCAGGUACCUAAGUGGAUUCUACAACACAUCAUAUGCUAAUGGCAUCAAUUGGAAGACGUUUCGCGGUUUUUAUUAUUCUCUCGCAUUUACUGAGAUGAGAAUUGAAUUAAUUUAA